UGUCGACUGGAGCUGGAGCGCCGAGGUGUCGGCCGGCGGGACAGCGGCUGGGAGCUGGGGGCGGGGGUAUUGGUUAUGUUUCCCUUUGGGCCCCGGAGCCCCGGCGGGGACGUGGCCGCCGGGGCUGAGGAGCCGGCGCCGCAUGGGGAACAGGCGGCAGCCGCCAGGCCGCCCUCUCCCGCUGCCCUGCCGGUGCCUGCGCAGCCCGUGGCUGACGCGGCCCCUCCCCCGCCGGCCGCCCGGAGCCCUCGCCGCCCUGGCGCUCCAGCUUUGCCCCCGGCUGCGCGUGCGGGAGAGCUAGCGCCGCCCGGAGCUGUGGAGUCGUCUGCAGCCUCUGCCCAGGGAGAGCCGUCACCUCCCUCCCCGCCGCGUCGGCGGCCCGGGCCGGACUGCAGGGCCGGGAGCCGGGGUCGGCAGGGCCUCAGCGCGGGCCUGGGUGGCCCUGGCGCCAGACUGUUCGGGUGGCUGAGAGAACGCAGCCUGGGCCGCGGGCUGUUUGUGGACCCGGCGCGGGACAAUUUCCGCACCAUGACUAACCUCUAUGGUUCCAUCCACCCCGCGGACUCGGUGUACCUCAGCACCCGCACCCACGGUGCGGUCUUCAACCUCGAGUACUCGCCCGACGGGUCAGUGCUGACAGUUGCUUGUGAACAGACUGAAGUUCUGCUUUUUGACCCUAUAUCUUCAAAGCACAUAAAAACUCUUUCUGAAGCUCAUGAAGACUGUGUAAAUAAUAUCAGAUUUCUUGAUAACCGGCUGUUCGCUACCUGCUCUGAUGACACUACAAUAGCACUAUGGGAUCUGAGAAAACUGAACACCAAAGUAUGCACUUUACAUGGUCACACUAGCUGGGUGAAGAACAUCGAAUAUGAUACUAAUACAAGACUCUUAGUAACAUCAGGAUUUGAUGGAAAUGUCAUUAUUUGGGACACCAACAGGUGUACAGAAGAUGGGUGUCCACAUAAGAAAUUCUUUCACACUCGUUUUCUUAUGCGAAUGAGACUAACACCAGAUUGUUCCAAAAUGUUGAUCUCAACGUCCUCUGGAUAUCUCUUGAUUUUGCAUGAUCUUGACUUAACAAAGUCUUUAGAAGUUGGCAGCUAUCCCAUUUUGAGAGCAAGAAGAACUACAUCAAGUUCAGAUUUGAGCACUUCAUCAAGUUCAUCUGGUCCUAGAGUUUCUGGUUCACCUUGUCAUCAUAAUGAUUCUAAUUCAUCUUCUGAGAAGCACAUGUCACGAGCCUCCCAAAGAGAAGGAGUUUCACCACGAAAUAGUCUUGAAGUCUUAACCCCUGAAGUUCCUGGUGAGAGAGACCGUGGAAACUGCAUAACAUCCUUACAGCUGCAUCCCAAAGGCUGGGCCACUCUUCUUCGGUGCUCAAGCAACACUGAUGAUCAGGAGUGGACUUGUGUCUAUGAAUUCCAAGAAGGAGCUCCAGUGCGACCAGUCUCACCUCGAUGUUCCCUACGACUGACUCAUUACAUUGAAGAAGCCAAUGUAGGCAGGGGUUAUAUCAAAGAACUUUGCUUCAGCCCUGAUGGGCGAAUGAUUUCUUCCCCACAUGGCUACGGGAUUCGCUUGUUGGGAUUUGACAAACAAUGCAGUGAACUUGUUGACUGUUUACCCAGAGAAUCCAGUCCCCUUCGAGUUAUCCGAUCCCUGUAUUCUCACAAUGAUGUGGUACUGACAACAAAGUUCUCUCCAACACAUUGUCAGAUUGCCUCAGGGUGCCUUAGUGGACGGGUUUCUUUGUAUCAGCCAAAGUUUUAGGCACAACUUACAUCAAAUAAGGAACUCUCUGGUGUUGACUUAUUAAUUACUUCAAUUUAGGUGAAGUGUUUUCUUUUUAGAAGAUCUUAUGAGUUUGGGUCAAGAUCCUGGUUCUUAUGGGUCCAUGAACACACCUGUGACCUGAGUACUUGAUCAUCCAGCAUCAUACGGGCAUCUCCAAGUAGACUAUGCAGCAUCAUCCUUUUCAGCAUUCCUCUGCUCCUGCUGGUUUGUGCCGCUGAACUCCAGUUCUUAUGGUUAUUUUGCAUGGUAGUUAAAUUCCCUCCUACCCUCUCUGCCUCCCUCUGCUCCCUCCUUCUUUCCUUCUUCCUUCCUUUCUCUUUUUUGGUUUUGGUAUGUUGAUAUGAAUUUUAUGGACAUUUGGCAGAGGAGUUUUGGUUGGGAUAAGAGAAACCCGUGACACGAAUAUUAAAUAAAACUCAGAAGUUGGAUGUUGGCAUACCAGUUGUUGAAAAAAAAUUUAUCUUUAUUUAUCAAUGUAUUUGGCCUUUUAAAGUUGCUGUUACAUUUCCCUAUACUGAGCACAGAUAAUGGCAUUUAUCUUAUAACUAUUAGAGUCUUGCAACAAAAUGUCUUUUAAGUUUCCUGUUAAAAAUCAUACAGAUUUUUUUCAUAUGAGAGAUUUUGUGAAAUUCUAGAAGAAAUGCUACCACCUCUCUUUGUAAUUUACUAGUAUGAAUUUAUAAUCUCUCGCAUGUGCCCUUAAUUGAUAUUUAGUUCCUAUCAACAUCAGAAAGGAAAGGAGGAGAAGGAAUGAGCUUUGGUCAUUUCUGUUGUUCAGAAGAGGAUUUAAACAUUACUCAGUGUGUGGCCACAGAGUGAUGGAACAAUGUGAUCAAGACUUUCCGUUUUCUCUGCCAGAGUGAUAUAUUAACAGUAUUGGGGGGACGGGGAAUUAAGAGUAAAGAAAUGGCAUUUUACUCAUCUUUCUUCCUUGAGCCAAGGGUCAUAAGCUCAACUUACCAUUAGCCAGCAGUUUGCUGCAGUCCUCUUCAAGCUAUUGUCAUAACCCUGGCAGUGACCUGGGUGUCAAGACUAAGUGCUGAUAGGAAUACCUUUUUUCUGUUUUGUUAUGGAGCACAGCAAGUGAAAGCAUCAGGCAGGGGCAAGCACAAGGCUGCUGCUCUGUUGAGUGGGCAGCUUUCUUCCAGUCUCCUCCACAUGGAAGCAUUAUGUUUAGAAGGAAUUUUCCAACGGCUGGAGUAAUUUAAGCCAUGCACUAGCCUUGCCCUCUUUAGUCACAUACCGUUUAGGCCAAUGGUUCUCAAACAUUAGGGUGCAUUAUAAUCAUUGAAGAGAGAGUUCAUGAAAAUGCAGAAACCUGUACCUUACCUUAGGAGAUUCUGGUUUAGGCAGGGAGAGGACAGGAAUCUGUAUUUUUAAAUAGAGCCCCAGGUAAUCUCUGAAUCACAAUUUUAAAAAGUCUUAAACAGCAGUACAUACUUCUAUACCCAUCUGGUGCUUAACAUAAUUUCCACAAGGUGUUUUGAUUAUUUAAUAAGUAAACAAAAGCGUUUUAAAGAUAGAAAAAAACUUGGAAUGUAAUUAAUUGCAUUAUUUGACAAGUGAGAGAAGUUAAGUGACUUGCCUAAGGUUAUCCUGCAAAGUUAGUGGCAAAACCAGGACAGGGAUUCAAGUUUCCUAAUUCCUUGCUCAGGGCAGUUUCUAAGAUAUGCUGGCUGUUAAAUCAAUGACUUAUGAACACUUUGUCAUUAAGUUGUAUUAUUGUGACUACCCUUAAACUGACUGAUAGAUUGAAAAAAGAAGACUUGAAAGUAGAUGCUGAGAUUCCAGCCAUAAGAAAAAAAGUACUUGAAAUCUUACAGAAAUGUUUAAAUAACCGAAAUACAUGAAUAAAAAUGACAUUUAUUAUGAGACCUGCCAAAUAGCCAUUCACACACAUGUAAAUGUGUGUAAUAUGUAUCAGAGGUUCUGUCUCACUUGGAACAAUGUUGGCUCUAAGACAGAGUUUAAAAUUAGAUUGUCUUACCACAGAUGUUGAAAAAUUGGAAAUUUUGUAGUUAUUGAAAAAAUCAGCAUGAAAGCACAGUGAAAAUGCGGGCUUGUCAUAAAUUUCAUAAAGAUAAAAAUAUUUAAAAGAAUAAAAUUUUGUAGAUAAAAACACUGAAAAUUAUUUAAAAAUAAGCUAUGAAGUACAAAUCAAAUUGAUAUUCAAAAGAAGACUCUGCAGAUUGUAUUAACUUUGGAAAGGAUUCUGUCAGAUGCUGGACCCACAUGUCACCCAACUCCAGGUUUAGCCAAUGAUUUUUUUUUUUUUUUUGCGGUGCUGGGAAUUGAACCAAGAGCCUUGUGCCUAUAAGGCAAGCACUCUACCAACUGAGCUAUAUCCCCAACCCCAGACAAUGAUUCUUGAACCCCUUUAGGGAACUUAUCGUGUUAAAUAAUGUACCUGUUUUACUAUUAGUCCCCACAAAAACUUGUAAGGUAUUUGGAAUGAGCCCCAAGUCUUUGGAGGUUGUGAUGAUGUGUUAGAAACCAUAAAUGACUUGUCUGAAGUCACAGAGUUGGCAGUGGGUAGCAGAACUGGGAUUCAGACCUAGGUUUGUCUGUUUAUUUGAUUUGGUCCAAAGAUAGUGCAAAAUACUCUAUUAUUUCGCCCUUUCAUUUAUAAAGGAUGGUAAAUUGGCCUGUUAAUUUACUUUUUCAGUAUCUUCUGAAAGUUUUUUAUUACAGCACUGGCCUUAUCUUACCUUCUAUACUAUGUAAAAGAACAUUUACAAGAUUGAUUGUUUCCAUGAGAAUAAUUCAAAUACCAUAGACUCAGGGCAUACAUAUAGUCCAUUCCUCAUUAAAAAACCUCAAGCAGGGUAAGUGUCUGUGAAAUAGAAAAGAAAAUGGAGGCCAUGAAGCAUUGCAUAAAAAUAGAACUGUGCAAAUGAGAAUUGAAAAUUAACAGCAGUGGGCUGGGGGUGUGGCUCAGUGAUAGAGCACUUGCCUAGCACUUGUGAGGCACUGAGUUUGCUCCUCAGCACCACAUAAAAAUAAAUAAAGGCAUCAUGUCCAUCUACAACAAAAAAAAUUAACAGCAGCAAACUCAACAAAAGAACCCUUGUUCUCCUUGAGAUAUGGUCAUGAUCAAAAGGUCAUCAGGGAAUUAAAGGGCAUCAGGAAUGCUGUGUAAUUGAAAGUAAUGACAUUUACUAUUUCAAGGCCCUGUUUCACUUUCAGUGUAAAAAUCAAAUCUGCUGUAUUUUAUUCUAAAUUUUAUUCAGUGUUUUUUGUCAUGAUGAUUGAUAAAGGUAUCAUAAUUGGCAAUAUGGUACAAUUGUUGGUAAAUGUAAUAUAAAUUAUUCUCCUGUUUUGAAAAGCUUUCUCCAGAACAGUAUAUUUAUUACAAUGCUAUGUUGAAUGAGGUACAACAAAUAUGGUAGCUCCUUUCAGUUGUAAAAUGAAGUAACUAAAGCAGGAGGAGACCUCAGUUUUAGUCUUUUAAAAGUGUGUGUGGUCUUUUUUUUUUUUUUUUAGAAGCCUAAAACUUCUAAGAAAUGAAUAUAUAUUAUUUCUCCUUCUUACAUCCCUGAGAAGAGCCCAUACCAAAAAUUUUAGGAAAGCAAGCAAGGAAAAGGUAAAUCACAUGUUCCCUGCUCCUGUGUCUAGAACCAGGACCAUGUUAUAUCAUGUUUAAGGUUGUGUUCUCUAGAAAAUGCAAUAUAGGGAAAACACUCAGAAUGUUUCAGAAGCCUAGUGUUUCCUAUAUUAGACAGAACAUAUUGGUACUGGCAUCCAUAAGUAUCUGUUAAACUUUUGCUUAGCAGAAAAAAAAUCUGAUAACUUACUGAUGACAAUCAUCCCCAUUUAGUGACCAGCAGUCACUGAGUGGUAUGAAAAUCCACUCAGUUAUACUCUGUGUUGGUCAUGAAGGAAACCAUAUAUAUGAAUUUUGGAUAAGUAAUGCAUAUCUCUUAAGUGCCAAAAUUAAAAACUUGUAAUUAUUUUUGAUGCAAGUCUUUCAGGUGUGUUAGUAUGCCUCCCUGCCUUCUUAAACAGUAUGUUCAGUAUAAUUCACUUUUUCAUGAUGAAAAGUUAUAUUCAUAAUGUGUUAUUAUAAAUACCCAGUGAGCUCUGAUAUAUGUAAAACAUUUCAUAGACUAUAAAGGGCUAAAUCAAAUAUGAGUUAAUAUCUCUUAUGAAGUGAUUCCCUCAACUCUGAGAUAUAUCAUUUGCCUCAGAUUGCUAACUUUUUAAAAAUGUUUUUUAUCUCUUAAGUCAUGUGUUCUAUCAACAUGCCUGCCUCUAGCAGGCUUCCCACUUCCUUCUAAUUGUGCAGUAUUCAUCUAUCAUGAGCUGGGACAUGAGAUAACCAAGCCUGUUCAGAAUGUCUACAGUCAGAACUGAACAAACUCUGGGUACACAGUCUGUGAGACAGCUCCCUUGAUUGCUUUCUGCUUAUUUUCUGGAUAAUACAAGAUCCCAGUUAAAGCCUAGGCUAGUUUUUCAUUUGCAACUAAGUAAGAUACUUCAAACUAAGGAAGCUGCUAGAAAAGAAAUAAAUAGCUAUGUACCAAAGUAGAGCAAAGCAACAACAAAAGCUCUGUAUUUGCACAGGGAUCUUUUAUGCUUUUAAGAAAAGAAGAAGAGUGCAGGAAAAAAGAAAAUCCAGAUAGAAUUAAAACUAUUUUAGUUGCCAUUAAACUUUGUCAGUAACUAUUAAAAUGUAUGCUUAAAUUAUCAAAUGUUGUUACAAAGACAGUUUAGACUCAUAGAAUAAGAUUGUACUAAAAUUUAUAUCCUAGAGAUGAUUCUAAAUGAUGUCCGAAGAAUUUCUCCCAAAUGAUAAUGGAAAUUUUUAUUAAAAGCAAGUCUCCAGUUUACCUUUAUGCUGCUCUCUUUAGUUGUAAAUGAAUUAAUGAUAGACAUAGGGUUUUAUCCAAAACCCCAAGGAGCACAUCUUACAUACGUACACCUCCUGUCUAUAUGUGUAUAUAAAUGUCACUAUAACUGAAAAUGUUACCCAGAGAUAAUAAAACAACUUAUAAAAUUUAAAUCUGGUCCAAAGUCUUUAAAAUAGCUAGAAUUUUCAGCUUUCCUAAUUUUUUUUCCUUGUUUAGAUAUCAUGAUUUUUACAUUUAAAAAGUGAAUAUUUGAAUUUUCUUUUUAAUUUCACUGCAUCCUUCAUUUCCAAACUGUUUUCUGGAAAAUUUUAGACAUAUUUUCAGGACUCUUGGAGUGUGCCUGAUAAUAUGCUUUCUUAGUAGGUUCUAAGGUGCUGUAAAUUCUUAUGCUAGACUGUAAGCUCCUUGAGGGCAGGACUGUCUUAUUUAUUCUUGUAUCCCCAGUGCCUGGUAUAGGACCUAACACAGAGUAGUUGUUCAAUAAAUAUUUGUUGAAUGAAUCAAAUGAACCUUCACCAUAUGUGGCCUCCAGCUCCCAUGAAGCCAGAAUGUGACGUGCAAAUUACUUAUUACUAGAGGAAACCAUCAUUUAUUAUUAUAACUAAUAGAUUGUCUUCAUCAGGGUAAGAUUUAUUCUGACCAUAAGUAACCAAGCAUUUCUCAUUGACUUGAAAAACUACAAAUUAAGACAGUUUUUCAUUAAAUAAGUAUUUGAAUCCCUCUUAUGUGCCUAGUCUUGUACCAGGGACCCAAGAAAAAGGCAACUAAGAUCUUCAUAUUCCAUCAUGGCAGGUGGAACAGGAAGGGCUGUCUUUACACGUGUUGGGCCUUUGCAGUCAUAUAGGGCCCCACAUAGAGAAAGGCCUCAUACUUGAUAAAAUGCUUUUCUCUAGCCAUCUUUAAAAGUUUCAAACAACAAGCCUGCAUUUUAUUUUGUCCUGGGCUUACAAAUUGUGAAGCUAGUCUUGCUUAAAUGGUACUAUUUUUGACACUGUAGAAACAAGAGUUAUAUAGUAUCUCACCUACUUUCUAAUGAACAUUCACAUUCACUGAAAACUAGCUACAAAGUUCAUGAUUUAGUAAACUAACUUUUGGAAUAUGGAAUUUAAACAAAACUAUAACCCUCUAAGUUUUUUGACGAAUCAAAUGUUCAUCAUGGCAGAAUAGAAAAGCUUCUUUAAAAAUGUAAGUAGUUUUUUCCUUUUCCUUUGAAUUAUUUUGAGUCUUUCAAAUGGAUAUAGAGUAGGUGAGUUGAUUUUAAGUAUAUGCACACCCACAUAAAAUUUUAAGGUUUUAAUAAGCCUUUAUUAUAUGUGCACUGAAUAUUUUGGUAUAAG